CCUUGGCGCGGUGACGCUAGUUUCCGGCGGGUUACUUAGAGCGCGGAACAGCUCUGGGCCAAAGGACCAUGAGAGGGCCGGAGCUGGGUCCCGAACCAACGAUGGAGGGAGACGUGCUGGACACACUGGAGGCGCUGGGGUAUAAAGGACCACUGUUAGAAGAGCAAGCCCUUACGAAGGCAGCAGAGGGUGGAUUAUCUUCACCUGAAUUUUCAGAGCUCUGCAUUUGGUUAGGCUCUCAAAUAAAAUCAUUAUGCAACUUGGAAGAAAGUAUCACGUCUGCUGGAAGAGAUGAUCUAGAGAGCUUCCAGCUUGAGAUAAGUGGCUUUUUAAAAGAAAUGGCGUGUCCAUAUUCUGUACUCAUAUCAGGAGAUAUUAAAGAUCGUUUAAAAAAGAAGGAGGACUGUUUGAAACUUCUAUUAUUUUUAAGUACUGAACUUCAAGCUUCACAGAUACUACAGAACAAGAAACAUAAAAAUUCUCAAUUAGAUAAAAAUAGUGACAUUUAUCAGGAAGUUCAAGCUAUGUUUGAUACACUUGGUAUGCCCAAGUCGACAACUUCUGACAUUCCGCAUAUGCUAAACCAAGUGGAAUCAAAGGUGAAAGAUAUUCUCUCAAAGGUCCAGAAAAAUCAUGUGGGAAAACCACUGCUGAAAAUUGAUUUAACUUCAGAACAGGCGGAACAACUUGAAAGAAUAAAUGAUGCUCUUUCCUGUGAAUAUGAGUGCCGCCGGCGAAUGUUAAUGAAACGAUUAGAUGUGACUGUACAGUCCUUUGGAUGGUCUGAUAGAGCAAAGGUAAAAACAGAUGAUAUAGCAAGAAUUUAUCAGCCUAAACGUUAUGCUUUGUCACCCAAGACAACAGUUACAAUGGCACAUCUACUUGCUGCUCGUGAAGAUCUAUCCAAGAUCAUUAGGACAAGUAGUGGCACCAGCCGGGAGAAGACCGCAUGUGCCAUCAAUAAGGUGCUGAUGGGAAGGGUGCCUGACAGGGGAGGCCGGCCGAAUGAAAUUGAACCACCACCCCCAGAAAUGCCCCCUUGGCAAAAGAGACCAGAAGGCGGCGGUGGAAGGGGUGGUUGGGGUGGUGGUGGUGGAGGUGGUAGAGGAGGUGGUGGGGGUGGGGGUGGAAGAGGUGGCUGGGGGGGUGGAGGAGGUUGGGGAGGUGGUGGGGGAGGGGGAGGGGGAGGAGGGUGGGGGGGAGGAGGAGGAGGUGGUAGAGGAGGUUUCCAAGGCAGGGGAGAUUAUGGUGGAAGAGGGGGUUAUGGUGGAAGAGGGGGCUAUGGUGGAAGAGGCUACGGAGAUCCAUAUGGAGGAGGAGGUGGUGGUGGUGGUGGUGGAUAUAGAAGAUACUAAAAACUACAAAAAUCAGAUAGCAGUGCUUGCUUCUUUAUAGAUACAUUAGACAUAGUGUUCUAAAUAACAUACUUGAAUAUCAUCUUUGAAGUAAACACCAUGUUAGACUCCCUGGUGAUACCAUUCUUGAAUUGUUAAUAUGUAAGAACAUUGUUUUUUACUACCAGUUGAUCUCUCAAAUGAAGUGAAGACUUUUUCCAUAUUCUAUGUACCGUUGAGCAUGUUGUGUCUUUUUAAAAAAAAAAAGAACAAAAAUUAUUUUUUAAAAUGUAAAUAAUACCAUCAAACUUGGAAAAUGGAAAGUAUUUUAUUGUCAUGAUUGAAUUUAGAUUGUUACCUGUAUUUUGUUCAGGUUUAGACAUAUAAAUGACCCCACCUGUAAUGGAAAGGAAUAUAGACCCUUGCCUCACCUGUAUUGCUGUGGAUGUGUUUUGUGGGUUUUUCAUUUGAUUUUACAAAAUAGGGAAAGGCAUUUCCAGUUGUAUUUAGUAGGCAGUUGUUGUGAAUCAUUUUUAUCUCUUAUAGGAGGAGAUUCCUCUCUAGCCGUGUUUCUGUUAAAGUUUCACUAAUUGAAGCCCAAGUUUUUUACUGUACAUACUUAUUUUCUAAUUGGAUUUGAAAUCUGCAUGAUUUUGUUUGACAAAGGAAAGUUUUAAGAUUGAGGUCAGAAAUACUUUAAUGGAGCAAAGAUACAUACCAACUUCACAUGAUGGUGUGAGAAAUAGUCCUAUAAACUGGUCUCUUCAUCAUUUAUGCUCUCACUUUAGAUAUCCAAAUAUUAAAAGACAGGCUGACCUGUAUCACACAGAAUUAAGGCAGUAAUUUCCUGCUUCAGUAGAUCAAGGGUAGGGCUAAGGCAUCCCUUGGUAAUUGUGAUUCACAGCUAGAUUUGGGAAACACAAAGUUAGGGAAUGGCUAUAUGUGGUUUGCUAGUUGGAGCAGUCAACGUCUUAGCUAUCAAGAGUUGUGAAUCUGAAUCAUGGCACUAGGUCAGGGGUGCUAUGGAUUGAAAUGACCUUAGUUCUCAAGGAGUGAUUUGCCCUCAUUUGUCAAAUGAGGAAUGAGACACUUAGCGUCAUCUCGGGUUGUUUCAUGAAGACCUAAGUACAAAUACAAUUUGUUAAAAACUUAUAGAGGGCCUAUUUGAAUGCCUUAAGAUGUAGGGCAAGUAAUGUAUUUUUCUCUUAGUGUAGAGAGUUAGAGAAAAAGAGCUGGUCCCGUAAAUUUUUUCAAUCUCAGUGUAAAAUCUGUAUCUCAUUGUAGGCUUCUGGUCAAUACCUGUGCAUAACAACUUAAUGUGAUCCAACCAACUCAACUGAUAGAAAGCUGAAUUGUUCCCAGUGGACAAGUGGUAUUUGAUGUUUAGCAAGUUUUUUUGUUGUUUUUUUUUUUUUGGUAAACUCUGUGGUAAAAUCUAAAAUAAUGUUAAAACCUUAAAAGUAACUAUUGAAUAUUCUGUAAUCUUAGACAUGUAUUUUUCAAGCUAACCCUUUGAAGAAAUGUGUUUAAGGUAGGAAAAUAUAAAAUUUUUUGGUUAUUUUUUGUGUGUGUAUAUUUAAUGAAAAGAUAUAAUUUCAUUUGUGAUAGCUGAAAAAAGACUUUCCAUAAUUAAGAAAAUACCUUUAUCAGUAGUUAUGAACUCUGAAAAAUAAUUUUUAAAAAAUUUUCAGAAAAUAUUUGAGUAAAAUAUUUCAAAAGUUACUUUAAAAUCUUCAUUUAAAACCUUUACUUUCUGCCUCAUUUCUUUUUUGGUAGCAUUAGUUGCUGAUGAAGGAGAUUUACAACUACUUUCAACUUUUUUACCGCUAAAGGUUUAUGGUAAAUAUGGCAGACACAACAGUUCAUCAGUUUCAUUAGAUUUUCCGUAAGAUUUCUUUGUACCUUUAUAGGAGCGCUGCUUGCGUUAUUCGCUGCAAUCACUUAUUUCCUAUCAAAGUUUAGCACUUGCUCCUGGAAUCAUGUUGGAGCUGAAACCACUCCUAUGUACACAUCCUAUAAACCUUAAUUGAAUGAAAAGCUGAAUCAGGUAGACUCUAAUAUUUUACUCUUUCUCCUGUAAAGUGGGAUUUUCCUGAUAAUCUUUGUUCAGUAAAAACUUCUUUUGUAGAACAGUUUGCUGAGCAGUAUCUAGAAUAGCAGGAAGGAGAUUUGGGGCCUUCAUGUGAAAGGCCAUAGUGUGAAAAUGUUUUAUAAAUUGAGUGCAAUACACCAUGGAGUAUGAUGAAUGGCACGCUACUGCUUCCUAAAAUCUAACACUUUUUUUGAUAUCUCCUUUUUAUUCUUGUUUGCCUGGUUCUCAAUUUCAUUUUUUAAUUACCUCAUUGUCCUUCCCCUUUUUCUUCUCUUUUUGUCCAGCCUGGUAUCUAAUAGCACAUAUAGACUUGAUCUUACUGGGAA